AUGGAACAAACAGCCUUUGCUCGGAUGUCGACAUCCCAGUUCCAGACAGUCACGACUACCGUCUUCCAGCUGGAUUCAGGGGAUGUGAUUCGGGGUAAAGACCGUCAAGCAAUGGCGCGGCUAGGGCCCAAAAGAAGAGAGAGUGGUGCUUCAACGGGUGUUCAAGGACAAGCCUCCACAAGUCACGCCGGCAACAAGAUAGCAGAGAUGUCGAGCAAACACCCAGAGCCCGUGCAGGAAGCAGGUCCGAUUUAUAAGAACAUCCCACCUGAGGACGAUUCGUCACAGAUAGCCAAGAUCGCGCGCUUGGCCAGAGCCACCAACGCAAAUGAGGCUACCACUGAGCACGCCAUACCGGGCAUCCGACAGAUCCAAUUGGAAGGUAUCGGCGACUCGACAAAAGAUAUCAAAACAGCAGACAACCAGACCGCGGAGUCAUUUACAACCUUGGUUUUGUCAGACAAUGAUCCCUGUCAAUCACUGGCUUCCAUCGACACCUAUGCUAACCCCCCACAAAGCAGCCCCAAAGGCAAUUCUAGCUCAAGGGUUGCACAAAGCUGUAUUAUCAAGCUAAAGGCUACUCGUCGGAAUCCAAGAAAAUCUUACCCACCUGCGCGGGCUUCCUUGGAGCAGUCCCGACCGUGGCGAUCUGCUCGAAAAACAUCUACUUCUCACCCAACAGCAGAGGUUGACUGGAGUGAAGGCAUCCGACCGACUGAUGACGAGAAAUCCCCCAAUGAUAAGAAAGAAGCCGACAAGGGAGGGGCCUCCAGAGGAACCUCUCUCUUUUCUCCGGACGCUGAAUCAGAGAAAAGCUCAAGAAAGAAACGCAAAGCACCAAAGGCGAAAUCAGACUCGGCCAAACGCCGGAAAGCCACCAAGAAGAAGGGUAGCAUCAGUGCCCAGCUUCCUUUGGCCACUAACAUCAAUGACAAGUCUCUGCCAGAGACCGACAAAGUUGAUGCUCAGUCGGUAUUGGAACUCCCAGAUGAACGGCCUGACAAUGCAUGCAUACGGGAUGCCCUUGACAUGCCAGCAGCCUCUUUCUCUAUAAUUGAUAAGCACGAUGACGAAUUGGAAGUGGUGAGCUCAAGUCAUGAAAUCGUUGAGCUCUCAAGCGACUCCUUGCUCCAAUCCAACCUGUCAAGCCUGAGACAAGGCACAGGUUCGCCGAGAAUCAAUGGACAGACAGCAAUGGCAAACUCGCAUGGAAGGGGAGUCACUCUUGGGCAGAAACUUACCGAUGCACUUCGCGAGGCUGGACUGAAUUCCCAAUUUUCUCCCGAGGUUGAAUCGCGAUUCUCUCCUACUCAGAUCACUGUCGGCGGGACAGCCUCCGGGAUUCCAAGAGGCAAUUUUACACAACCAACUAAGGUUCCUGCGGCUCGGAGUCCAUUCAACUCGGAGCUUGAGGUGGUGCAAGAUGGAACAUCAGAUACAUCUUCGGCUGGAGAGCAGAAGAAUCUAAAUGAACCUGAUGAGAUCUCGGCCCCUGGCACUCACACACACCAGACGACAAGUAUUUCUCUGAGGACAGCGGUUCCACCUACCCGACACCUAUCGGACACGCAGAAGCAAUUGCAUAUCGCCGGACUCAUGGACCGUAAGGGCGAUGGCGAUGACCCUCAGAACCCAAUGGUGAUUCCCGACGACAGUUCAGUGGCACAUUUGUCCGACGCAAUGGAGAUGAACCCGAUGCAACUGCCCCAUGCAGCUCAAGAUAACCCGCAAGAAGACCUACAGCGCCUGGAAGACGAGCUUGAGACCUCAUCCCUGAGCUCUGAGAUCCCGCUGCCCGAUGGUAUUACGAUGUUGCCUGUUGAAGGAGGUGAAAGCGAGCAUACUCCAGAAUCCCAGAAGCCACUUCUGAGCGCACACACCGGUCUACAACAAAUUGCUCCCCUUACACUUCCAAAGUCAAUUACACGGAGCAGCAUUGUUGACCGUAAUGGCAGUCCUCGACUUCGCCCCCAAAACGAUAUCAAGACCGGGAAAUCACGCCUCAAUAUUGACCACUUCCUUCUACAGAAUAUCAGAGUCACUGACUCCAGUUCCAGCGAAUGUGAUGAAGACUCUGAUGGUUAUUACUCUGAAAGCAAACACCAGAGUGGAGGGGGAUGGUCCAAAUACCAGCGAGACAUGUUCAUGGAAUACGGAAUUAGUCCCGAAGAACUGACCACGGAUUUGACCGGACGGGCUCUCUUCGGCGAUGCAGUCAAAGUUGCCUCUUGUGCAGGUCUAAUCAGCAAGGCGACUACUGCAGAUGUCACUGAGCUACCACGCGCAGACAAGCGUGGGGACUACAAUCUUGUGGGGAGUGGCGCCACCGGAAAUGACAGAGCAUAUGGUAUUCCGUCUAGGUCGUUCCCGAGGUCCAUUGAUGCUCCAAGAAUGGAGGCCAGUCACGAUGAGCAGAACGUUGAGAAGCGACUGUCUACGCUCAUGCAGGGCGAUCUGAAUAAUAUGAAUUGGAUCACAGAUUUACAGGUUGCUCAGCAGAGCGCUCACAACCUCUUGUUGGCCACUAACCAGAAUCUAUCGAGCCAGCUUGCCGCCGAGCAGGACACCAUUCGACAAGUGUUGCAUAUCUACCGACAAGGAUGCAAUCGUAUCCUCGAUGAUCUGUUCCGAGCACAAGAAGUGCGAAUGCAGUUGUAUCGCCAACAGAUGUUGUCCGUCAAGGAGCAACACACCCAAAUCUGCCAGGAAAUGAUUCAGGGGUUACAAGAGUUGGACCAUGGGGUGCAACAGGGACUGUAAGGAGGUAAAAGUAUGUUUGUGCUUUAAGCGACCCAGGCGUCGGAGUUGACCAUCUUAGCUGCAUGAGUUCACAGCCAUAGACGUUAGUUUCGUAGUCGAUUUGUCCUUUCGUCCUUUUUGUCCUCGUCUGCGGUGACGCACAUUGGCGCCGCUCACCGAGGAUCACGUGUCUGGGUGGUUCUCGGGUUGAGUCAUUCCUCCCUUGACGGAGCCA